AAUAAAUGUGCUACGUAGUACCCGUAGUAGCAUUUUGUUACCUAACCUCAAUGUUGCAUCAAUCUGAUGCAACUUUAGAGAGACAAAUUAACGUAAUUAAACUGUGAUAGGUAUUUCAUAUACAACUGUUUGUUUUAUUGUUGAUGUUCAAUUUUUAUGUGAGAGUGAGUGGCAGUCUUGAUCAAAUAAUCGAAAUAUGGAACCAGAUGUGAAGCCUGAAAAUUCUAAAGUGCAGAAAAUGAGUGUGAAUGAUAAAGAGCUUUCAUUUAGAUUGGAUGAGCCUGUUACUACAGCUCUAAAUGUAAACUCAUUAACUAAUGCCGUUGAAGACGAAAGCCUGUCUUUUAUAGUACUUGGUAAAGAUUCAGUAGAAGCUCAAACUUCCUUGUUGGCUUCCUAUAUCGACAUUCAACAAAAAUGCAUGUCAAUUGAUUACAAGUCGAUAGUGUCAUCGCUGAAUAUGACUGAGAUGCAAAAUAGAUUGGCCGAAGUGUUGCAGGAAAAUGUCAAGUUAAAGGAAACCUUGAAGAGUAACAAUGAAUCUAUGAAACAGCAAUUCAAUACUCUGGCAACAUGGCAAGAAGAAGUGACCAAGGUUCAUCAGAAUCACAAACAAAAAUUUGCAGAGACUAAAGAAUUGAUAAAUCAUCUCAAGAAGGAAAAUGCAGAGUUGAAAACUAAACUUUGGCUUUUGCAUCACACUGAAGGAUUUGAGGCGAUUAGUGCUAUUUCUGAGUCUACCAUUGACGCUUCAACCACUAAAGCAGAACUCGAGCAAAACAUAGUAAAAGAAUUAGAAUCAGCAAUGAAAUCAUUAACAAUAAAUUGCAAUGACAUCCACAGUUAUGAAGACUGUGUAAAGACUAUAAAUAGUCUGAGAUGUUCGGAAGCAUGUUCUGCAAAGGAUCAGCAAAUUGCUUCCUUGCAAGAAUCUAUUGCUUUACUUGAACAGAAGCUACAAUGUGUUUUUAAUCCCAUUAAAUCACAGGAUUUAUCGGAUAAAACAUCAUCUAAUUUAAACCGUCAAAAAUUAAUACAAAAUAUGAAGCAAUAUAACGACACAUUGCAAGAAUUAACCGAAUGUUUUGUAGCACAAGUAGAACGCUUUGCUGCCAUAGAAAAAGGUUUAAAAGAAAUUACGGAUAUACUUAAACUUGACGAUGAUAACUUUAAAAUGCAGUAUAAAGAAAAAUUAUGCCAGUAUUGCAAGCAAUUAGCUGAUGAGCAAGUAAAAAUUAUUACUGAUAGACAAAUUCUUAUUAAGUCACAAGAUCGAUUUCAAAAGAUAUUCUCAGACUAUAAUUCUAUUUUAUAUGAAAUGGAAAUAAUCGUUGAUGAAAAUACAAAAUUGAAUUUACAAACAUCUGAACAAUUAGAACAAGUUAAAGGAGACAAGCAAUCAUUGGAAGAAGAAAAGAGAAUUCUCAAUCAAGAGAAAGAUAAUGUACAGAAAGAAAAAGAAUUCCUUGAAAGUCAGAAAAACAGCUUGAACAUGGAACGUAUAUCGUUGCACGACGAAAAAAAACUUGUGGCGCAAGAAAAAAUUAGUUUGAAUGAAGAGAAGAUGUCACUUGACCAUCAGAGCAAAUUAUAUGAAAAUUGCGAGAGAGAUUUGCACAAUGAGAAAAAAGCAUUACAAGUUCGAUACGAACAGCUGCUGGGCGAGACAAAUAAUUUGCGACAUGUGAUUAAAGGAAAAAACGUAGAAUUUCAAAAAAUAAAGGAACAGCUUGCACAAAGCGCGGAAGAAAUAAAUCUGUUAAGAUCGCAAUUAACACUCUAUGAAGAAGACUUUAUGCAGGAAAAGAAACUGAAAGAAGCGUUAAUAGAAGAAAAAAAUAAUUUAAGUACAGAAUUAGAAAAACAAAUAAGAUUUAACAAACAACUACAAGAUAACUCCAGUGCCAACACAGAAGCAUCAUCCCGACAUUCAGACUUCAUUACAGGACUAUCUACAAAAUUUCACUUGACGGAAGUAUGUCCAAAGUGUUCGAGCGCAUAUCUUACUUUACCAGAUCUUAUGAAGCAUAUUGAAAAUUGCAUAGAUUAAUCGAAAAUAUAUAAGUAUCAAAUAUAAGUACACUAUAUUAGUAUGUAUUCUGAGUCUGUUAAAACAAAUUAGAGUGAAUCUUUACUCAACGAGAAUGGACUUCGUUUUAACAUAUAUGUGUGCUAAUAAUAGCAGUAUUUCUUUCUUAUAUUGUUGAAGUAUAUAAUUUCAAUUAAUUUUUGUUGUAUGUGUUAAGGAAUAGUUUUAGUAGACCGCUUCUAAAGACAUUAUGAUGAAUACGUAAUAUUUGAUACACAAACUGGAUACUCUUCUACAAUAAUUGGAGUAAUGUUAAAAAAUGUUAUACGUUUUAAAUCUAAUUUUAACAAGACUGUAUUAUACGAUAUUAAUGCAUACGGAAAGAAAUUUUUUAGAAAUAUUAAUCUAUAAGUAGUAAGGACGUAGUUUAAAUAAAUAUUGAGAUAUUUUUCGAUAUUUCUCACUUGUUAAUUAAAUCUAUUUUAAUAUUUGAUAGAAUUUGGAAGUAGUGCCAAAGCAAAGCUUAAAAAGUAUUCUUUUAACAAGAGAUGAUUACAGCAAUAAGAAAAAUAUUUAAAUUUUACACCAGGAUGACUUCUUUAUCGUUAUUAUCUAUAAUUAUGUAUAUCAAUAACUGUACGAAACCGUUAGUUACCUCAUAUAAUAGCAAUAAACAGUUUUAAAGAAAACAACGUA